CGCUUCGCUUUCUGCCCCUCUCCCUCCCCCACCCCGUGCUCGCCCUCCUUUUUUGAGGGUGGGGGUCGACUUUUUUCAAUUUUCAAUUUUUUUUUUUAGUAGUUACUAUUAUCAGUAGUAAUUUCUCCGGACUCGCAAUGUUGCGAUGAUCAUGGCCGCGCAAGUCGCAGCGGCUCCGGCGGGUGCGAACAACAGCAAGGGCAAAGCCCCGAACCUGCCGGGCGGCCUGGGCCCGGACCGGGGUCCGGGAGGGGCCGGGGCCGCGGCCGCCGCGGGGGCGCCCGGGCCGGUCCCCGCGCUGGGGGUCGGAGAGGGGAGUCCGGCCGGCAGCAGCAGCAGCAGCGGCGGCGUGAAUAAUGUAGAUCACCAUGGCCUCCGCCACCACAGCGAGCCGCUGAACAUGGCCAAUAACGCGGCUCCCGCCGCUGCCGUCGGUAACAACAACAACGCCAGCGGCGGCUCCUCCUCGGAGCCGGCUCUGAAGGAAGGUGGAAGCUCCUCGGCGUUAUCUUCAUCUUCUUCGUCUUCUUCCUCCUCCUCCUCCUCCUCCUCCAACCCGGGCUCGGCCAUGGAGACGGGGCUGCUCCCCAACCACAAGCUGAAGAGCGUCGGAGGCGAUCACCCCGCCGCGCCGCCCCACCACCACCAUGCCCACCACCCGCAUCACCAUGCCCACCACCACCAUGCCCACCACCCGCACCACCACCACCAUGCACUACAGCAGCAGCUAAAUCAAUUCCCGCCGCCGCCGCCGCAGCAGCCGCCGCCUCAGCACCAUCCCGUGCAGAAUAACAACAGCAGCCUCGGCGGCGGCAGCGGCAGCAACAACAACGGCGGUGGCGGCGCUGCUCAGCCCAGUGCAGACAUGGAGCAGCAGCAACAUGGAGGAAAAGACAGUGUUUUGGGCGCUCAGGCCGAGCCCCCCCAGCAGCCGCAGCAAAUGCUGAAUAAAGGCGCCGACGAGGAGGAGAUGCCCGGCAAGAUGGGCGAGCCCAUCGGCGGCCGCUACGAUCACCCCGGCUUGGGACCCCUGGGCGGACAGCAGCAGCCCCAGCAGCCGCCCCCGAGCGCUGGGAGCGGCGGCGGCGGCCUCGGCGGCGGCGGCGGGAGCGGGGGAGGCGGCGGCGGCCCCUCCGCGGUGGGUGUCUCGGAGUUCAAUAGCUAUUAUGGCAACGCUGCCCCUGCCAGCAGCGCUACGGCGAGCCGCGCCGGGCCUUGCUUUGAUCAACAUGGCGGACAACAAAGCCCCGGGAUGGGGAUAAUGCACCCCACGGCGGCCCCCAACAGCAUGGACCCCCUGCAAAACUCCCACGAAGGUUACCCCAACAGCCAGUACAACCACUACCCGGGCUACGGCCGCGGCCCCGGCGGCGGCGGCGGCGCGGGAGCCGUGGCGGCGGCGGCGGCCGCCGGGGCAGGCGGCGGCGGCUACGGGGGCUCCGCGGCGGGCUACGGGGUGCUGAGCUCCCCGCGGCAGCCGGGCGGCGGCAUGAUGAUGGGCCCCGGCGGCGGGGCCGGCCUCGGCAAGGCUGCUGCCGGCGCGGGGGCCGGCGGUUUCGCGCGGUUCUCCGGGCAGAACCAGCACCCGUCCGGGGCCACCCCUACCUUGAACCAGCUGCUCACGUCCCCCAGCCCCAUGAUGCGGAGCUACGGCAGCAGCUACCCCGACUACAGCAGCCCCAGCGCCCCGCCGCAGCCCCAGCCCCAGGCAGCGGCGGCCGCCCCGGGAAGCCAGCAGGCAGCGGCGGGCAUGGGCAUGGGCAAGGACAUGGGCGCCCAGUACGGAGCGGCAAACCCGGCCUGGGCAACGGCACAACAAAGAAAUCACCCGGCGAUGAGCCCUGGGAACACCGGGCAGGCCAUCAGCAGGACCCAGGGCAGUCCGAUGGAUCCCAUGGUGAUGAAGAGGCCCCAGCUGUAUGGCCUGGGCAACAACCCUCACUCGCAGGCCCAGCCCAGCAGCCCCUACCCUGGGCAGCCCUACGGCCACCCCGGCCCCCAGCGCUACCCGCUGGGCAUGCAGGGCCGGACCCCCGCCAUGGCCGGGAUGCAGUAUCCGCAGCAACAGAUUCCGCCCCAGUACGGCCAGCAAGGUGUGAGUGGCUACUGCCAGCAGGGCCAGCAGCCCUACUACAACCAGCAGCCCCAGCAUCUGCCGCCCCAGGCACAGUAUCUGUCGCAGGCGCAGCAGAGGUACCAGGCUCAGCAGGACAUGUCUCAGGAAGGCUAUGGAACCAGAUCUCAAGCCCCUAUGGCCCCAGGAAAGCCUAACCAUGAAGACUUGAACCUAAUCCAGCAAGAAAGACCAUCGAGCUUACCAGUUGAAGUCUUGGCCUCCGAGGAUGCUACAUUUGGACACAAGGAUUUAUCUGGAUCCAUUGAUGACUUGCCGACUGGAACCGAAGCAACCCUGAGCUCAGCCGUCAGCGCGUCAGGCUCCACGAGCAGCCAAGGGGAGCAGAGCAACCCUGCACAGUCUCCGUUCUCCCCUCAUGCUUCUCCACAUCUCUCUGGCAUCCCCGGGGGCCCAUCGCCUUCCCCUGUAGGCUCUCCCGUUGGGAGCAACCAGUCAAGAUCUGGUCCCAUUUCUCCAGCGAGUAUUCCAAGCAGUCAGAUGCCACCGCAGCCUCCUGGCAGCCAGUCGGAAUCCAGCUCCCACCCUGCCUUGAGCCAGUCACCAAUGCCACAGGACCGAGGUUUUAUGACAGGCAUACAGAGGAACCCCCAAAUGUCACAGUAUGGACCUCAGCAAACUGGACCUUCCAUGUCACCACACCCCUCACCUGGAGGCCAGGUGCAUCCUGGAAUUGGUAGCUUUCAGCAGAGUAAUUCAAGUGGUACUUAUGGGCCCCAGAUGAGCCAGUAUGGACCACAAGGAAACUACUCCAGACCACCGACGUACAGCGGUGUGCCCAACACAAGUUACAGUGGCCCAGGACCUGGCAUGGGUAUAAAUGCCAACAGUCAGAUGCACGGACAGGGGCCGAGCCAGCCUUGCGGUACCAUGCCCCUGGGUCGGAUGCCAUCAGCCGGGAUGCAGAGCAGACCAUUUCCUGGAAACAUGAGCAGUAUGACCCCCAAUUCUCCUGGCAUGUCUCAGCAGGGGGGUCCCGGGAUGGGCCCACCCAUGCCAACUGUGAACCGUAAGGCACAGGAGGCGGCUGCGGCAGUGAUGCAGGCUGCUGCAAACUCCGCUCAGAGCAGGCAAGGCAAUUUCCCUGCCAUGAAUCAGAGCGGUAUUAUGGGAUCCAGCUCCCCCUAUACUCAGCCGAUGAACAACAGCUCUGGCUUGAUGAACCCGCAGGCUCCUCCUUACAGCAUGGCACCUAACAUGGUGAACAGUUCCACAGCACCUAUGGGUCUUGCAGAUAUGAUGACAUCUGGUGAGUCCAAACUACCCCUUCCUCUCAAAGCAGAUGGCAAAGAAGAAGGACCCCCCCAGCCCGAGAGCAAGUCAAAGAAAUCAAGUUCUUCUACCACAACUGGAGAGAAGAUCACAAAAGUCUAUGAACUAGGAAACGAGCCGGAGCGCAAGAUGUGGGUAGAUCGGUACCUGACGUUCAUGGAGGAGAGGGGCACACCCGUGGCCAGUCUGCCAGCUGUGGGCAAGAAGCCCCUGGACCUGUUCAGGCUCUAUGUCUGCGUCAAGGAGAUUGGAGGUUUAGCACAGGUUAAUAAAAACAAGAAGUGGCGUGAGCUGGCAACCACCUUGAAUGUUGGCACUUCGAGCAGUGCAGCCAGCUCCCUGAAAAAACAAUACAUUCAGUACCUGUUUGCCUUCGAGUGCAAGAUUGAGCGAGGGGAGGAGCCCCCUCCAGAAGUCUUCAGCACUGGCGAUACUAAGAAACAACCUAAGAUUCAGCCGCCAUCUCCUGCUAAUUCUGGUUCCUUGCAAGGCCCACAGACUCCACAGUCUACUGGUAGUAAUUCCAUGACAGAAGUGCCAGGCGAUUUGAAGCCCCCAACACCAGCAUCAACACCUCAUGGACAGAUGACACCUAUGCAGGGUGGCAGAAACAGUGCAGUUAGUGUGCACGAUCCCUUUUCUGAUGUAAGUGAUUCAGCGUUCCCGAAGCGAAACUCUGUGACGCCAAAUGCACCAUACCAGCAGGGAAUAAACAUGCCAGAUAUGAUGGGAAGGAUGCCAUAUGAGCCGAAUAAAGAUCCUUUCGGUGGAAUGAGAAAAGUGCCUGGAAGCAAUGAGCCUUUCAUGACCCCUGGACAAAUGCCUAACAGUGGAAUACAAGAUAUGUACAACCAGAGUCCAUCUGGAGCCAUGUCCAACAUGAGCAUGAGCCAGCGACAGCAGUUCUCUUAUGGAGGCUAUGACAGGAGGUCGGAUCAUGGGCUGGGUCCUGAAGGCAGUAUGGGACCACCUGGUCAAAGCAACAUGGUGCCUUCAAACAGUGACCCAAGCAUGUACUCUCCUAAUCGUUACCCUGGCCAGCAAAGGCAUGAACCGUAUGGGCAGCAGUAUCCAGGACAAGGACCUCCCUCAGGACAGCCACCAUAUGGAGGACAUCAGCCUGGAAUGUAUCCACAGCAGCAGAACUAUAAGCGACACAUGGAUGGCAUGUAUGGGCCUCCAGCCAAACGCCAUGAAGGGGAUAUGUAUAACAUGCAGUAUGGCAACCAGCAACAGGAAAUGUAUAACCAGUACAGCAACGCAUACACGGGGCCUGACAGGAGGCCCAUGCAGGGGCAGUAUCCGUAUCCAUAUAACAGGGAGAGGAUGCAGGGCCCAGGACAAAUGCAGCAGCAUGGAAUACCUCCCCAGAUGAUUGGUGGCCCCAUGCAGUCAUCAUCCUCCAGUGAAGGACCUCAGCAGAACAUGUGGCCAACACGAAAUGAUAUGCCUUACCCUUACCAGAAUAGGCAAGGUCCAGGAGGCCCUGCACAGGCCCCACCAUAUCCAGGGAUGAAUCGCACUGACGAUAUGAUGGUACCUGACCAGAGGAUAAACCAUGAGAGUCAGUGGCCUUCUCAUGUCAACCAGCGUCAGCCUUCUUAUAUGUCAUCCUCAGCCUCCAUGCAGCCUAUCACUAGACCUCCUCAGUCAUCCUACCAGACACCACCCUCUAUGCCAAACCACAUCUCUAGAGCUCCAAGUCCAGCAUCCUUCCAGCGCUCUUUGGAAAACCGUAUGUCUCCAAGCAAGUCUCCUUUCCUACCCUCCAUGAAGAUGCAGAAGGUUAUACCCACAGUUCCAGUGUCACAGGUCACAGGACCUCCACCUCAACCACCACCAAUAAGGCGAGAAAUUACUUUCCCCCCAGGCUCUGUAGAAGCAUCCCAACCAGUCUUAAAACCAAGACGAAAGAUUACCUCAAAAGAUAUUGUAACUCCUGAAGCCUGGAGAGUGAUGAUGUCUCUUAAAUCUGGUCUUUUGGCUGAAAGUACCUGGGCGCUAGACACUAUUAAUAUUCUUCUGUAUGAUGACAGCACUGUUGCUACUUUCAACCUAUCUCAGUUGUCUGGAUUUCUUGAGCUUUUAGUAGAAUAUUUUAGAAAAUGCCUGAUUGACAUUUUUGGAAUCCUUAUGGAAUAUGAAGUGGGAGAUCCAGGCCACAAAGCACUUGAUCACAAAGCAGCCAAGAAAGAUGAUAGCCAGUCCUUGGCAGAGGUUACUGGAAAAGAGGAGACUGAUGAAUGUAUUGACUAUUUUGAUGAAGAUGAGGAGGAAGGGGAGGAUGAAAAGGUAGAAGGAGAAGAAAAGAGCAUUGUUUUUUCCACUCCUGGUGCCAUUGCUGAUCCAAGUGAGAGGCCAAAACAAGCCAGUAAAUUCGACAAGCUGCCAAUAAAGAUUGUGAAGAAAAAUAAUCUCUUUGUUGUUGACCGAUCUGACAAACUUGGACGUGUUCAGGAAUUUGAUAGUGGACUUCUCCACUGGCAGCUUGGCGGUGGUGACACAACUGAGCAUAUCCAGACUCACUUUGAAAGCAAGAUGGAGAUUCCUCCACGCAGGAAAGCCCCUCCUCCCUUGAACUCUCCUAGCAAAAAGAAGGACCUCGAGGGGAAAGGUGAAUCUGAGGAGCAACAAGAAAAAAGUAUAACGGCAACCAUUGAUGAUGUCCUCUCAGCUCGUCCUGGAGCAUUGCCUGAAGACUCCAACUCCAGUUCCCAAACAGAGAGCAGUAAAUUUCCCUUUGGGAUCCAUCAAGCCAAAAGCCACCGGAAUAUUAAACUGCUAGAGGAUGAGCCAAGGAGCCGGGAUGAGACUCCUCUAUGCACCAUAACUCACUGGCAAGACUCCUUGGCCAAACGCUGCAUCUGUGUGUCAAAUAUUGUCCGUAGCUUGUCUUUUGUGCCUGGCAAUGACACCGAAAUGUCCAAACAUCCAGGCUUGGUGCUGAUCCUGGGGAAGCUGAUUCUCCUUCACCAUGAGCAUCCAGAAAGAAAGCGAGCACCGCAGACUUACGAGAAAGAAGAAGAGGAGGACAAAGGGGUGGCCUGCAGCAAGGAUGAGUGGUGGUGGGACUGCCUCGAGGUCUUGAGGGAUAAUACGUUGGUCACAUUAGCCAACAUUUCUGGGCAGCUAGACUUGUCUGCUUACACAGAAAGCAUCUGUUUGCCAAUUUUGGAUGGCUUGCUGCACUGGAUGGUGUGCCCGUCUGCGGAGGCACAGGAUCCUUUUCCGACCGUGGGGCCCAACUCAGUUCUUUCGCCUCAGAGACUUGUGCUGGAGACCCUGUGUAAGCUCAGUAUCCAGGACAAUAAUGUGGACCUUAUCUUGGCCACCCCCCCAUUCAGUCGUCAGGAGAAACUCUACGCUACUUUAGUUAGGUACGUCGGGGACCGCAAAAACCCGGUCUGCCGAGAAAUGUCCAUGGCGCUCUUAUCGAACCUUGCCCAGGGGGACACAUUAGCAGCAAGGGCAAUAGCUGUGCAGAAGGGAAGCAUCGGAAACUUGAUAAGCUUCCUGGAGGAUGGGGUCACCAUGGCCCAGUACCAGCAGAGCCAGCAUAACCUCAUGCACAUGCAGCCUCCGCCCCUGGAGCCGCCUAGCGUAGACAUGAUGUGCAGGGCAGCCAAGGCCUUGCUGGCCAUGGCACGAGUGGACGAGAACCGCUCGGAGUUCCUAUUGCACGAGGGUCGUUUGCUGGAUAUCUCAAUAUCUGCUGUCCUGAACUCUCUGGUUGCAUCUGUCAUCUGUGAUGUACUUUUUCAGAUUGGACAGUUAUGACAUAAGUGAGAAGCCAAGCAUGUGUGAGUGGAGAUUAGAGGGUCACAUAUAACUGGCUGUUUUCUGUUCUUGUUUAUCCAACGUAGGAAGAAGGAAAAAAAAAAAGAAUCUUUGCUCCUCUGCCCCAUUCACUAUUUACCAAUUGGGAAUUAAAGAAAUUAUUAAUUUGAACAGUUAUGAAAUUAAUAUUUGCUGUCUAUGUGUAUAAGUACAUCUUUUUAUUUUAUUUUUUUUUUAACCAAAGUUGCUGUCUAGUACAUUCAAAGGUCACUUUUUUUUCCAUAGAUUAUCCUUUUCAAUGUUCUUUUCCAUGUUUGUAUUGCAUAUUUUUGGGAAGCGAACUAGUGACUUUUUAAAAAAAAAAUGUUAUGGCGAACCAUUGUAUGAUGGAAAAAGAAAUCUCACCACUUUGAAACAAAAAGGUGAAAAAUAACCAACAUACCAAGUUCCUGUGUGUUUUAUUUUUUCAAAUAAGGAAAAAAUAAUAAAAAAAAAAGAUAAAAAAAAACCAACCAACCUUGUAUACCAUCACCCAAAGCUCUGUGCAAUAGAAGAUGCUAGUGAUGUAGGUGUUAGGGGAUCAAGGAGGGUGUCAGUCAGUAGUCAAAAUACAAAACCAUCCUGGUUUCUCCUCAGGAGAAAUGGUUACAUUAGGCUAGGAGCAAAACAAAACAAACAAGUUAAAAGAUUUUUAAACAAAACCUGAUGAGAACCAUCAAUUGCUUCCUCACCAGAACUGUCUUGUCUACAUGUGGUUUUUUUGACCUUCCACAAGGACAGUUCUUCACAAUUCCUUUAAUCAUUUUUUAAAAUAUUUUUUUAUUGCCUAAGGGCCGUGAUGUAUAUAGAAGUUGUACAUUAAACAUACCCUCAUUCUUUUUUUUUAGUACAAAGUUUUUAGUUUCUUUUUCAUGAUGUGGUAUCUACAAAGUGAUAGUAGAAUUAUCUUUUCUUUCAUUUGGGCCAUAUCUCAAAAAAUAAUUAAAAAAAGAAAAAAAAAGAAAAAAGAAAAAACCCAACACAGAAAACCAACAACUGAGGGUAAUGUACAAGUUUCUGUAUGUAUAAAGUCAUGCUCUAUUUCGGGAGAGCAGCCGAUCACAAUUUGCUUUAUAAAUCAAGGUGUGGAAAUGGUUACGUAUGGAUUGAUUUAAGAAAAUGGUUACCAGUCUACAGACAAAAACAUAUAUACGGGAAAAACAAAGGAAGAAACACAACUUCAAAGAUUUUUCAGUGACAAGAAUCUGCAUUUGUAUUUCAAGAUAAUGUAGUUAAAAAAGAAAAAACUUGAUGUAAAUUCCUCCUUUUCCUCUGGCUUAAUGAAUUUCAUUUAUUCAGUAUAAAAUCUUUAUAUGUUCCACAUGUUAAGAAUAAAUGUACAUUAAAUCUUGUUAA